AUGCGGCACCUGCACCUCGCCGCACUCGCGGCCUGCCUCUCCCUGGUCGCCCUCGCGCAAGCCCAGUCCAGCGUCUCCAACCUCGAGUCGUUCCCGACCAUCUUCGACCCCUCGAGCACCGCCCCACCGACCUCGCCCUCGUCCGGCGCGACCGCGUUCGACCCCUCUCGCUUGCCCUCUGCGCCCGGCCCGGCCCUCCCCUACACCUCGUCCAGCUCCUCCUCCCAGUCGACCAACUCGUCGACGGUGCCCUCGCCCUCAGCCUCGCGCACGACCCUCAUCUCGGCCUCGCACUCGGCCCUGCCCUCGCUCGACCCCUCGGCCUCCGAGUACGUCGUCACGAGCACCGUAGACGGCAGCGUCGCGACCGUCACCGUCACGAGCACGGGCGCACCAAGUGCGAGUGCGAGCGCGCAGGGAGGGCAGGCAGGCGGGUCGAGCGGCGCGGCGACAGCAAGGGGGCCAGGGAGCCGACAGAGUGGGGCUCAGGCGCUCUUGGUGGCGGUGGGAGCGCUCGUGCUCGCGCUCUGACUCGGCGCAGCGGCGCAAGUCGAACCCUGUCGUGCAUGAGCAAUGUUCGAGUCGGGCUCGGGCCCGUUGCGCGUGCGAGCCAGGCCCACUCGGUCCUCGUCCUUCUCUCUCUCUCUCUCUCUCUCUCUGUCUCUCUCUCCUUCGCCCCAUCUCGCAGUCUGUAGCAUAUACCCCCUCGUCGCUCUCUCGUGUUGUCCCUCGUCGUGUGUGCUGCAAGUCGUCCGUUUAUCUCUC